GGAAUGUGUGUGAGAGCUCUGACCUGGGUUAACUAAACAGAAGCCAAUCCAGUCCAUGGACCUUAGUAACCAAUAGUCUAUAAUCAUUUCUCCAUCUGGCACAUGGGGGCUAAUGUGGCAUUUGGACAGCUCUGGGAUAAUGAUUUCAACGGGGGAGUUCAGCUUCUGCUGUUGCUGGUUGUGUGUAUGGUGUAAGGGUUAUGUGUGUAUUUUGUUUGUGUUAGUGAGGGGGUUAUGUGUGCUAGGCAGCAUCCCCUGGUCAUUUGUCUCUCUCCAUUGCCAGGACUAAGAGUUCUGCACAGCACAGCAGAAUCUAUUCAUCCCGCAGGGUGCACAGAGCCAGCACCCUCUCUCACACACACACACACACACACACACAAACACACACACACACAGCAGCUGGCCUCGCUACACUCACAAACACUAUUAGCAGCCGGCUUCAUUGGGACACAAAUCAGGAGAGCUGAGCUUCACUUGAGCUUUCUGUGCUGCAGAUCAUUGUAUGACUGAAUCAUAUCUAGGCAGGAGAGAACCUCAACUACUUUCAAGAUCCACCAUUUGUGUCUGGACUCGGCACGGAAAUGGCUCGGAUUAGUGUCCUUGUCUUGACUGCCUGUCAGCUGGUGCUUGGACUUCUUACUAGCUCAUUAACUGACUCCUCAGCUCCAACUAAUGAUUGCCCCCAGCUCUGUGUUUGUGAGAUCCGUCCAUGGUUUACCCCUCAGUCUACAUACCGUGAAGCCACAACAGUGGAUUGCAAUGACCUACGUUUAACAAAGAUCCCAGAAAAUCUCUCUUUGGAUACACAGGUGCUUCUCUUGCAAAGCAAUAACAUUGGUAAGACCAACGGAGAACUGCAAAGACUGGUCAAUCUAACAGAGCUCGACUUGUCCCAGAAUAACUUCACCUCCAUCCAAGAUGUGGGCUUGUCAAAUCUUAGCCAGCUGACUACUUUGCAUUUGGAGGAGAAUCAGAUUUUUGAAAUGACUGACUAUUGUCUACAGGACUUGACUAACCUGCAGGAACUCUACAUUAAUCACAACCAGCUUAAUUCCAUCUCUCCUAGUGCCUUCUCUGGACUGCGUAAUCUACUCAGGCUGCACCUAAACUCUAAUAAGUUACGUAUAAUUGACAGCCGCUGGUUUGAAUCCACCCCCAACCUUGAAAUUUUGAUGAUUGGAGAGAAUCCAGUAAUUGGGAUCCUAGACUUCAACUUCCAACCGCUUGUUAACUUAAGAAGCUUGGUGCUAGCGGGAAUGUACCUAAGUGACAUCCCAGGAAAUGCAUUGCUGGGUUUGGAUAACCUGGAGAGUCUCUCAUUCUAUGAUAACAAACUUGGCAAAGUUCCCCAGCUUGCUCUGCAAAAAGUGCCCAAUCUAAAAUUUUUGGACCUCAAUAAGAACCCUAUUCGCAAGAUCCAGGAAGGUGACUUUAAGAACAUGCUGAAAUUAAAAGAACUUGGUAUCAAUAACAUGGCAGAGCUGGUGUCUGUAGAUCACUAUGCACUGGAAAAUCUCCCUGAACUAACUAAAUUGGAGGCUACAAAUAACCCCAAGCUCUCUUAUAUCCACCGAUCCGCUUUUAGGAAUGUGCCUACCCUUGAGAGCCUAAUGCUAAAUAACAAUGCACUGAACUCUGUGUAUCGUGGGACUGUUGAAUCCCUCCCAAACCUGCGUGAGAUCAGUAUUCACAGCAACCCACUACGAUGUGACUGUGUCCUGCACUGGAUGGGUUCUAACCAAACCAGCAUCCGUUUCAUGGAGCCUCUGUCUAUGUUCUGUGCUUUACCUCCUGAAUACCGUGGGCAGCCUGUAAAGGAAGCGUUAGCUCAAGACCCUGCAGGAGAGCAGUGUCUGCCCAUGAUAUCCCAAGAUACAUUUCCCAGUCAUCUCAGCCUGGAUAUAGGGAUGACAAUUUCACUAGACUGCAGGGCAAUGGCAGAGCCUGAACCAGAAAUAUACUGGGUGACUCCUUUGGGGCAUAAAGUGACAACGGAAACUCUUUCUGACAAGUACCGCCUAAGUGGAGAGGGCAGUUUGCAGAUCUUUAAUGUGCAGGUUGAGGAUUCUGGACGUUACACAUGUGUGGCACAGAAUUCUGAAGGCGCCGAUACAAAGGUGGCCAUGCUGAAAGUAAAUGGAACCUUGUUAGAUGGCACCCAAGCUCUUAGACUUUAUGUUCAACAAGCAGAAUCCAGUUCAGUCUUGGUAUCAUGGAAGGUUAGUUCAAGUGUUUUAGCUUCUAACCUUAAGUGGUCAUCAGCCACCAUGAAGAUUGAUAACCCACAUAUCACUUAUACAGCACGUGUGCCGGCAGAUGUCCAUGAGUACAAUCUCACCCAUCUUCAGCCAGCCACUGAAUAUGAAGUGUGCCUGACGGUGUCUGGGCUGCACCAACAAGCUCAGCGUGCUUGCAUCAACGUCACUACCAAAGGCACGUCCUACUCAAUGACUGUUACUGAUCAGGAAACCAGUGCUGCCCUGGCUGCCGUCAUGGGUUCCCUAUUUGCCCUGAUAAGUUUUGCCUCCGUUUCUGUUUAUGCCGCCAAAAGGUUCCAGAGAAAAAACUAUCGCCACUCUUUGAAGAAGUAUAUGCAAAAAACCUCAUCCAUUCCACUCAACGAGCUCUAUCCUCCUCUCAUAAGCCUGUGGGAAGGAGACAGCGAAAAGGAGAAAGAGGGGACUGCAGAGGCGAAAGCUUCCCAGGUGGACACAUCCCGGAGCUAUUACAUGUGGUAACUCUCACAUUGGAAACCCAACAACAGAGCACAAAGACUGAUGAACACCUUUCAGAAGAACUUCUUUUCCUUUUAUUUUAUUUUUUUAACCUUAUGUCACUUUUCCUCUUUAUCCCAGUCUACUUCUCUUCUACUGUUUCCCUUUUAUUUGAAUUGAUGUACUUUUGUUUUAUAUAUAUAGCUAUAUACACUGUCUGGGCAAAGUAGGACCGGUAAUUAACUAUCCGUUGGUCCCUUCUAAAUGUAACCCCCUACUGUUCAAUAUAAGGUUAUCUCUAGGGAUGGGCGAAUUUUUUUGCCUCGUUUUGCCUCAGAAAUGACGGCCAUAGACUUGUAUGGCGUCGCGCGUCAAUAAUUUUUAGACUUUAAUAUGGACGUCGGCAACAUUUCACCUGCGGCGAAUUUUUGACGAAAUGAAAUGGGUCAAAUUCGCCCAAGCCUGGUUAUUUCAAGUGACUGAGAAGUUCUUUAAUCAUAUUAGGACAAGGAACAACAAGCUAAGAGUUUUUUUAGAGGUCACAGAACCUGCUGUGGUGGCCUUAUUAGCAUUACAUGGGUACCACGUUUGCUGUUGGUUCUCGAUUAAGCUACCUACCCUGGAGUCUUAAUGAUUAAAGUGUAAUUUUCCUUAACUUCGAAGUGGCUUAAAGGGAUUGUUCGCCUUCAAACACUUUUUUUCAGUUCA